UCCAGCGGGCCAAGCAGCAGCAGCUGUUUGUAGUCACCGUCCGCGUACAGCGCACGUCCGACCUGCACGCAAACCGAACGUUUCCCGACGACGACGCCCGCUCGUUGAAAAUGGAAGUCGAUUACGCGUGGGGAACGUCAUCGGAUAAUGUAUCGGUUCAAAAGUUAGAGCAACACUUUCGAAAAAAUUUUGAAUCGCUUCAACCAGAAUACUAUAUUAAAGUACCAGGCAGAGUUAAUUUGAUCGGUGAACAUGUAGACUAUUGCGGUUAUUCUGUGUUCCCAAUGGCUAUUGAUCAGUGUAUCGUAGUGGCGGCGAAGAGGACAACCGAUCGGCAUACUGUGGAGUUGACCAACCUAUGUACGGAACGGUACGAAAACGUCUCCAAAAAUAUAUCAGAUAUAAGCGCGGAGUCGUUGAGCAAAAGUCCAAGUUGGUCGAACUAUUUCAUGUGUGGAGUAAAAGGAGCCCGAGAAUACAUGAGUGAAAGUCAGCUAAAAGCCGUUGAAAAUGUCGGUUUUUUGUUCGCAAUCACCGGUAACAUUCCUGAGAGUUCGGGAUUGAGCAGUUCGAGUGCACUAGUAACGGCCGCCGUAAUGGCCACACUGGUCGGAUACGGAGUACCGAUCAGUAGACUCGAACUGGCAGAAAUCAGCGCCAAAUGUGAAAGAUACAUUGGUACAGCUGGCGGUGGCAUGGACCAAGCGAUAGCCGUGAACGGCAAACAAGGUUAUGCGGCCCGUAUCGACUUCAAUCCCUUGGCGGUCAAACAAUUCCGACUCCCAGCUGACGCCAAGUUCGUGGUGGCUCAAAGUUUAGCUGUCAAGAACAAAGCGGCAUCUAAUGACUUCAACACAAGAGUAGUUGAAUGCAGAUUGGCUUCGCAAGUAAAUAUCUUAUGCCAAUUGAAUCUCGAAUGGAAGCAGAUGACUGCGUUGGCGACGUUGCAAAAGCGUUCAGGCAAUACGCUGGACCAAAUGAUCGAAUUGGUUCAUCAGUACUUGCACGUCGACAGGUAUUCAAAGUCAGAGGUAUGAUGGUUGAUCGAUAUAUACUCAAGACCGCUCAGCGAGUUCAGUUUGACGUCAACAGACGAUGAUGUCGCUGAUUUUUCUUGCAUCAAAGACUUACAUGUUGAAGAGGCCAAACGGAUGGAAGAGUUUUGUAAGUUAUGUGAGAAUUCUGGAAAAGCGUCGGACCUCGGGAGAUUGAUGGACGAUAGCCAUUCGUCACUGCGAGAUCUAUAUCAAUGCAGUCAUCCGGACCUGGAGGAAUUAGUGGCAGUAUGUAAACGGGAAGGCGCGUACGGAUGCAAGCUCACCGGUGCCGGUUGGGGAGGAUGCGUCGUGGCUAUGGUGCCGUCAGAUGGCACCGACAGAUUUGUGAGAUCCGUUAGAGAUCAAUAUUAUGCAAAUAGAGAGACUUGUGGUAAACAUAUCGAUCAACUUGUUUGCAACAGUCCUUCUGAAGGGGCUUGCUGCAUUCACGUCAAUACCACUUCUACCAGUAACGAAAUUUCCGACCACCUUCCGUCUCUUGUGCACUUAUAAAUCAAAUGCAAAUUAUUCUGCAUAGUAUAUUUGAUCAAUAAUUCAAUCGUAUAUUUUCCCAAUAAAAUAGUAUAUUUUUUUGUGAUAAAAAUUAUAGACAGUUUAUCAAAUAUUGUUUUAAUAUUAUUAUAUGUA